AUGUCGGGAGGUGACCGGUUACAGGCAGCUGGGACAAAGCCAACACCGGCUGGUCACGACGUCUCCUUGGCCAUCAGGAAGUCUGUAGGAUAUUCAGAGAUUUCAAACAAGCAGAAUAACUCUUCCCGGUCUCGGGGUGCCGCGGUUUGGUGGAAUACCCGAAAGAUAAGACGUUGCCCGGGCACGUACAACAGUGGGUACCGCGUCGGGCUGUUCGAAAAACUGUUGUAUUUUGGAAAGAAGCUUCAAAAAUGGCCGGGACUUACAGUACAGAAAUACAGUGUAAAAAUGAAAAAUGGGCCAUCCAGUAAUGAAAAUCGAGAAAAAUCUCGCAGGUCGGUGCUGGCUGACUCCCUGGAAGACGAAGCUAAGAAUAACAUCACCAUCUUUACAAGAAUUCUAGACAGGCUGCUGGAUGGCUACGAUAAUCGCCUCAGACCUGGAUUAGGAGACAGUAUUACUGAAGUCUUCACUAACAUCUAUGUGACCAGUUUUGGACCUGUUUCAGAUACUGAUAUGGAAUACACAAUAGACGUUUUCUUUCGCCAGAGAUGGAAGGAUGAGAGGUUAAAGUUUAAGGGCCCAAUGAACAUUCUUCGACUGAACAACUUAAUGGCCAGCAAAAUCUGGACCCCGGAUACUUUUUUUCACAACGGGAAGAAGUCAGUGGCUCAUAACAUGACAAUGCCAAACAAGCUUCUGCGAAUCCAGGAUGAUGGGACUCUCUUGUACACCAUGAGGCUGACGGUCCAAGCUGAGUGCCCGAUGCACUUGGAGGACUUCCCCAUGGACGCUCACUCCUGCCCGCUGAAGUUCGGCAGCUAUGCGUACACCACUUCAGAAGUGACAUACAUUUGGACCUACAACGCUUCAGAUUCAGUGCAGGUGGCACCCGACGGCUCCAGGUUGAAUCAGUACGAUCUUUUAGGCCAAACAAUUGGGAAAGAGACGGUUAAAUCGAGUACAGGUGAAUAUACAGUAAUGACGGCUCAUUUUCACCUGAAGAGAAAAAUCGGUUAUUUUGUCAUCCAGACUUACCUGCCCUGCAUCAUGACCGUCAUCCUCUCCCAAGUGUCGUUCUGGCUGAACAGAGAGUCCGUGCCUGCCCGGACGGUCUUUGGAGUAACGACUGUGCUGACGAUGACAACGCUGAGCAUCAGCGCUCGAAAUUCCCUCCCCAAAGUGGCGUACGCAACAGCCAUGGAUUGGUUUAUUGCUGUCUGUUACGCCUUUGUGUUCUCCGCACUCAUUGAAUUUGCAACUGUCAAUUAUUUCACAAAACGAGGAUGGGCCUGGGAUGGAAAAAGUGUGGUGAAUGAUAAGAAAAAAGAAAAAGCGUCUGUCAUUAAGAAAAACAAUGCCUAUGCAGUGGCUGUUGCCAACUAUGCUCCAAAUAUUACCAAGGACUCAGUGCUACCAACCAUCUCCAAGAGUGCUACAACCGCAGAACCCAACAAGGCAAAGCCCGAAGCGAAGCCGCAGGAAGCAAAGAAGACGUUCAACAGCGUUAGCAAAAUUGACAGAAUGUCUAGAAUAGUGUUUCCAGUCUUAUUUGGUACUUUUAAUUUAGUGUAUUGGGCUACGUAUUUAAACAGGGAGCCUGUCUUACUGGGCUUUGCACCAUCAACCUAGAAGCCGAAUUGCACUGAGGACUCACAGCAUCAUUCUAAUCAGAUAAGUUGUUCGCUAUGUACAGUACGACUAAUAACUGCUAAUCUGUGAACCAUUGUGUACAGAGUGUAUAUAGGUGUCUUAUCUGUGUAUCUCCAAAGGAGGGACACAGUGUUAAUUCGUGGGUCUGUAAACAGAUAGCACCCGUGGCAAACACAGCCAGCUCUUUCAAAGUGAUACCCGGGGG